AUGCUAGCACCCUAUGUACGCUCGUACAGUAUACCCACACUACCAGUGACCUGCACAGGGGCACUCGAUGGCAGUGUACAAGUGUUCUUCACAGAGCUAGAGGGUGUCCAAGAGCCUACAUCAACUACAAGUGCAUGGACUUACCAGCCGGCCCGGCGGAAGGCAAGACCACGAUCGCGUCGCUCCAAACCACUUGGUACUUCGUCAGAGCCACUCUCGCUGACUGAAGAGGCAUUUUGGACACUACCACCAGCCAAGGCCGAGUAUGGACCUGAGGUCCUCACGACACCUAUCCCAAUAUCGCCCAAGCUCCACGGCACAGACGAACGCAUUCCACAGAUCGAUCAGUAA